AAUUAUUCUAUAACGGUAGUAGAAUAUUUGUGGAAGCGAGACUUGGUUUCACUGGUGUGAGUUUGAUUUUUCGGAUACAAGAUAUAUAAGAUCUUACCUAGGUAACUAGGUACUCCGUAUAUUUAUAAAGCGAGGAGAACAUAUUUCGGAUUAUCGGCAGAUUUGCAAUUAGAUUGACAGACAGGUGGUUUUGAUUAAUCUGAUUAUUGUGGAGUGAGAGGGGUCGAAGAAAUACCUCUUUCGAAGCUUACAAAUUCCGUGGUAUAAUUAGAGAAGGGGGAAAGGAAACGACAAGGGAAAGAAAGAAACGAAAGCUCCAACCUACCUACCCACCUAUCCUACCGCUACCACAUAAAUUAUUAAACAUCCUGCAUUGCUGCUGCAGUUGAAAUGGGAAAGUACUACGAACCUAGUAAGCAAAGUUCCAACUUCUCACACAUUCAAAAUUCCAAAUAAUCAUCAAGAGCAACAGCAGCACCAACUGAUGAUACAAUUUCCAAUUGAACAGAUCCUCCUUACUACAAGGAAAAGCCAACCAAAAUGGCAUCUAUGCGACGAAUCAAAAUCUUCGGCCUCCUCGUCUUCAUCGCCGUCGUCUCCCUCCUCUUCUACACAUCCUCUGUUCGUCAACAACGCAAUGUCGCAGCUGGCACGGGUGGAGAUUUCUACGCCAAAACUAUGAAAGGGCUGGGAAAACAGGAGGUGGCUGAGGCGGGUGCAGGUACCGGUGGUAAAAACGAUGAUGAUGAAAAGGUAGCAAAGCAAAUGGCGCAGAGAUUAAAAGAUGCGGCUGAUAAGGCGAAGGAUAAUGCGAAUGCGAAGGCGUUUAAACCUGAUCCGCCGAGUCAGGUUGUAGGGAAAGGAAAUGCGGCGGAAGGACAGGGUGAGAGGAGUGUAGCGGGUAGGAAGAAGAUUGGUGGGGACAAGGCACAGGAAGUUGUUAAGGAGAAGGAGAAGGACGAGGAGGAGGAGAAGGAAGAUGUGGAGGUUACGACGGAAUUGAAUUCCAUUUUGAAGAAAUCUCCAAGUAUGUUACAUUUUUCUUUAUUUCUUCAUCCUAUUUCUAUUUCUAUUUCUAUCGUCUCUGUCUCUAGAACAUAACUAAUAUAUCCACCCUCACAGUAAUCAUCUUUUCCAAAUCCUACUGUCCGCAUUCCAAACGCGCUAAAAAUAUCCUCCUUGAAAAAUACUCCAUCGAUCCACUUCCCUUUGUAGUAGAACUCGAUCAACAUCCUCUCGGGGCAAAACUACAAGCGAGAUUGGCGAAAUUAACGGGUAGAACAACGGUACCAAAUGUAUUGAUUAAUGGAGUUAGUAUUGGAGGAGGUGAUGAUGUAGCUGAAUUGCAUGCGAAGAAGAAUUUGGAGCAGAAGGUGAAGGAUUUGGGUGGAAAGAAAAUCAAGGAUGUUAAGGCUUUGUGAACGGGUGGGUUUGUAUUUGGGAGACAGCGGGGUGGGAUAUGAGAAUAUAGGGAGGGAAUGGAUAGGUAAAAGCACAAGCUGGGGUUUUGGGGGGAGAAUAUCUUGUUACAAUAUCUUGUUACAAUAUCUUGUUACUUGAAAGGAAAUUUCUCGUUGAAAUGGAUGGAAUGGAUGGAAUGGAUGGAAUGGACGGAAUGGAUGUCAUGGGAUGGGAUGAAAUAAAAUGGAAAAAAAAUUGGAAGAAAGCAUUACUACCCAGGCGUCUUUGGCAAAAAGGCUGGCUAGCUAAUUAAUAGGCAAGGAAGGCUUCAUGGAGUGGCAUUCUGAGUUGUGGGUGGGCGUUUAUUAUUUAUUGAUUAUUGAUUUAUCAAUUAUUAUUCAAAAGAGA